AUGGCUUAUCAUUUAUUUAAAAAGUUACAGAAAUCAAAUAGUAAAGAGAAUAAAAUAAACAAUGAAAAUAAAAAUGAAGAUAUAGAGAAAUGGCUAAAAUAUGUUCAUGAUUUAAAUAAUAAAGAUGUUGUUGAUAGUUUAUUAAAUGAGAGUAACAAAGAUAAUAUAAUAAUUAUUGAUGAAUGUAAAACAUAUACAAAUAAUAUUUUGAUGUACACAGAAAAAAUAAAGAAUAUAAAAAAUGAUUUUGAUAACGAAAAUUCUAGCAUAUCAUAUAUUAAACAAUUUUGCAAAAUUUUAAAUAUAAUUAAUGUAUAUGAAAAAUUAAAAAGUAACAAAAAAAAAUUUGAAAUUUUGACAAAAAAUAAUAUACUUAAUUUAUUUGAAGAAAUAAUUCUGAACUGUUUAGAAAUCUUGAAUAAAAUAAUAUGUUUAAAUAAAGAUAUGUUUCAUAAAAAAAGUCUAAAAAUUGAUUGUAAUAAAUUAAAAACAUAUAUAAACAAAUUGAAUAUUUUAUUUAAGGAGACAAAUAAUUGUGAUUUGUUAUUUUCUAUUUUCUCUUUUGAGAACAAUAAUUCUAUAUUCAUCCUAUAUGAUCUUAUUUUGUUAUUACAAAAAAUAUAUAUAUAUGAUAAUAUAAAUUUUUAUUUUUAUUUGUAUGAUAAUAUAUUUUAUUCGAAUAAUAUUAAUUCUUAUUUCUUCAAUUUAUAUUCAUUAAAAUGUUUUCAAAUAUUGUACCAUGACUACUAUUCUGAAAGUCAAUUAAAUCUAAAAGAGCAAAAUAAUUUUGUUCAAAAAAUAUAUGAUCAUUAUUUAUUAAUUAUAAAUAAUUUGAGAAAAAAUAAAUUCCUUUAUAUUAAUUAUCUUAAUUUUCCUUUUAAUUAUUCAGAUGAAAAUUUAACUUAUAAAAAUAAAAAUGAAAAUUAUUAUAUAAAUGAAAAUGAGGAAUUUUUUUCUAUUACAACUAAAAAGAAAUUUAGAUCAUACCUAUUUUAUGAGGAUGAUAUAAUUAAAAAAAAUUUAAAAAAAUUAGAAUAUUAUAAAAAAAUAGAUAUGUUGAAGACAGCUUAUAAUUCUCAAAGUUCUCUACCUUCAAAUGAAAAUACAUGUAAUGAGAUCAUUUCAAAACAUAAAAAAAAAAUACAAAAAGAUAAAAUAGAUAAAAGUAACAUAAAUAUAUAUAAUUCUGACCAUUCAUCAAAUUCUAAUAAAAAGAAAAGUGAAUUUAAUCAGAAUAAAGAGGAUAUAUUGAAAAAUCAAAAGUUAACAAAUUCUGAAAUUCAGAUUAAUUCUACUAGUGAUGAAGAUAAAUAUGAAAACUAUAAUUAUUUCAGUUCUGAUAUUUCAAGUAAUUUUAUUUCGAUUGAUGAAGAUUUUGAUGAAGAAAAAAAAAAGAAAAAAAUAAAAUUCUGUGAAGAAAAUAUAUUUUUAAUUAUGUUUAGAAGCAACAAAAUAAAGAAUAUAAGAAGUAAUAUAGAUAAACUAAUACUACAUAAAAACAAUUUUAUAUGCAAACUAUUAUCAAUAAUUGAUUCUAAUAAAGAUGCUUAUCUUAUAAAUGAAAUAAUUUUAUUAUUUUUAUUAAUAUCUGAAAAUAAUAUAGAAAUUAAAAACAUAAUUACUUACGAAAGGGUAAUUGAAACUAUUAUAAAAAUAAUUAGAGAAGAACAUUAUUAUUUAUUUAAAGAAAUUCCUGAUUUACAAUUUUUAUUUGAAGAUAUUAAUUUAGAAAUACUUGAUAGAACAAAAAUUUUUAAUAUUUCAAACAAAUUAAAAAAAAAAAAAAAAAUAGAAAAAUAUAUUAAUAAUGGAAAAAGAGAAACACAAAAUUAUGAAUUACAUCCAUUUGAAAGAAGAUGCAAGGUAAAUCCUUUAUUAGAUAACUCAAAAAAAAAAAAAAAUGAACAUCAAAAUAUAGAGAAAAAAAAUUAUUAUAUUAACAAAGAAAGUAAUAUAAAUUCAAAUGUGUAUCAGAAUGGUGAAACUGUAAUAGAAGAAGGAGAAAAUAAUAAAAAAAGAGAACCUGAAAUGGACUAUGAAGAUGAAGGAGAAAAAGAAGAGGAAAAAAGAGAAAAUGAAGAAAAAAGAUAUAUUAGUUUUACUGAUGAGGAAAAUUUAAAUAAUGAUUAUAUUUUGAAUUUUAUGAAAAAAGAAACUUCAAAUAAUGAAAAUAUAAAUAAAGUAGAGAUCUAUCUUGAUAACAUUUCUUUAAAUAUAGAUAUUAAAAGUAGUUUAUUACUUUUAAAGUGCUUAAUAAUAAAUAGUGAAUUUGGUUUAAAAUAUAUUUAUGAAUUAAAUAUAUUUCAUGAAUUCAUUAAAUUGAUUAACAAUUUGUAUAAUAUAAUUAUAUACAUCUAUAAAGAAUCUCUAUAUAAGUUUUAUAAUAAUACUAUAUUCUUUAUUAAUAUAUUUUUAGAUAUAAUUUUUAGCGUAUGUAGAUUUAAUAAUAAAAAUAAUUAUGAUAUAAGUUUAAAUAAAUUUAGUCCCAUAUUUCUUAGAGGUCAGUUUAUUCAAUGCUCCUUUUUUUUUUUUUUUAAAUUUACGUUUAUUUACUUACAUAAAAUGAUGUUGUAUAAUAAAAAAAAAAUGAAAAAAAUUAACAUGAGUAAUGAAAAUUUACAAAACAUUAAUUAUUCAAAUAAAAAUUAUAAUAAUACAUAUGAAUCUUUAGAUGAAAUGGAAAAAAAACAAAAUAAUAAUAAUAAAAAUAAUAAUGAUGGUAGCAAUAAUGUGUUCUUAGAAUAUGAUAACAUAAUUGAAGUUUUCAAAAACACUAAUUUUAUAAAUAUUUUUAAUAUAUGCUGUAAGUUAAUAUUUUAUGAUGAGAACUGUGGUGUUAAUUUUUUAUUUAGUAGUUUUAUUAAUGAUAAUAAUAAAAAUGAAGGGAAUUUAUUAAACAAAAAUAAUUAUUUAGAUAUACAUAUUGAGGAAAAUAAUUUUAUAAUAGCAAGUUUUAAAAAACAGAAUUAUUUUUAUAUUGAAAAUGUUGUUACAUUCUACUUAAAGAAAUUAAAAGAAGUUAAAUAUAUAGAUUUGCUAUUAAUUUUAUUUUUUUAUGAUAAAAAAAAUGAUAUAAUUCAAAAGAAUAUUUAUGAGUUUUUAAUGUGUUUAUGUGAAAAAUACAUGGCGAUUUCUAAUUUCAUUAAUGAUGUUUUUUUUUUUAAGAAAACAUGCUUUUAUUAUUGUAUAAUGUAUAAUAUAAAUAAAUUAAAAAAAAAAAUUUUAAUAAUUAAAAAGUGUUAUUCAAAGAAAAAAAGAUAUAAUAAAGAUAUUACUGUUCAUAAAUAUCACAAAUUUAUAAGAAAAGAAAAUUUUUUUCUAAAAUAUUUCACACAGUUAGAAUUUCUUCUUAAAGUAUUCAGUUUAGCUAGUAUUAAUUCAGAAAGUGAUGAAAAUAAUAUGAUUAAAAAAAUUCUAAAAAACUAUGAAAUUGAUUUUGAAGAAAUUAUUUAUUAUAACAGUUUAUAUAUAGAUAGUUACAAAAAAAAGAGUAAAUAUUACUUAAAGAAAUUAAAUAACAAUAUAACUAAACAUAUUUUAACAUUUAAACUAAAUUUAAUAUUAUACAGAAAUAAAAUAAAUGAAAAAAUAUGUGGUUUAAAACUUUUAUUUCAAAUGUUAAACUUUAAAUGUAUAAGUAAGAAAGUAAAAUGUCUAAUAUGUGUUUAUAUUAGCAUUUAUUUAUAUAAAAAAAAAGAUGAUGAAUUUAAAAAAAAAUUAAUAAAAAUAAUUAUAGAAAAAGAUAUUUUUAAUAUUAUAUAUUAUUUUCUAAACGAUUUCUGCAAAUAUGCUUUUGAUAAAAAAUAUUUUAAUUUUUCAUUUACAAAUGGAAAAAAUUUGAAUGAAAAUAUUAAAAAUAUAUUAGAUAUUAGAAGAAAAAAAUAUUUCUUUUAUUACUCUAAUGAAAAAAAUAUAUUUUUUAUUCACUAUAUUUAUUCAAAUUUUAUUCAUCAUAAAAUAUUGACUUACUUUUUUAAGCAGUCAAAAAAUCAAUUAUAUAAAAAAAGCUCUUUAAAGGAUGAAACAUCAAUAAAUAAAAAAGGUUUAUUUGUAGAUAAUGAAUAUAAAAAAAAAAAUGCUCAAAAAAAAAAAAGAACAUCACAGAAAAAACUUACAAUUGAAAAUAAUAAAUAUAUAAAUUAUAAGAAUGACAAAAGAAAAGAAAAAGGGAAAAAAGAUGAAUUGAAUGAAGUAAAAGGAGAGGAUGAAAACAAGGAGAAACAAAAAAAUGAAAUAAAAGAGGAAAACGAAAGCGUAAACAGAUAUAAAGAGGAAGAAGAAGAAUUCGGAAAUAUAAAUGAGGAAAAGGAAGAAGAAAAAGAAAAUAAUCAACAAAAAUAUGAAAGAAAAAAAUUAGAAUCAAGGGAAAUAAAAGAUGAAAAAAAAAAAAAUAAAAAAGGAAAAAAAGAAAAAAAAAAAAAAAAUCAUUAUGUUAAUAAAGCAGAUAAGAAAAAAUUAUUAUCAGCAAAUAUCAAUGAAGAUAUUUCUUUACUAAGACAUAAAAUGGAAAAACAAGAGAUGAAACAUAUAGAAGAAAAAAUAUACUUAAAUAAUAUUAUUGAGAAAAAAAAUGAUAUAAUAAAUAAUAUUUUGUACUCUUAUUUGUUACUAAAAGAAAAAACAGAUAAAACAGAAAAGGAAAAUGCAAAUCUUAAAAGUAUAUUAUCUUUGAAAGAAAAAGAAUAUUGUAUCAUGUCUAAUAACGAUAUGAAUGAUUUAAAAAAUAAGUAUAUUAACUUAUUAAAAGAUUAUGAGGAAAUUAAUAAUAAAAAAGAAAAUUUAGAUGAUAAGUUGGAAAAACUUACUGAUCUGUUAAUAUUUUUAUAUGACAAUGUUAGUGAAUGUCGUUUAUACAUGCAAAACGUUGAAAAUAUUAAAUCUUUUAAAAAUAAAAAAUCAAGUGAUGAUGAAAAACAUAAAAUAGAAAUGAAAGGAAAUAAUCUAACAAAUGAUAAGAUUAACGAAAAAAUGGAUAGCUAUGCAGAUGAAAAAAUAUGUAAUGAAAUAAAUAGCAUUUUAUAUAAUAAAGUAGAUAAUCAUAUAAUUAAUCAAACAAGUAAUCAAUCAGAUGAACAAAUAAUUAUACAGGAAGACAAUCAAAUUAAUAAUUAA